AUGGAAAUUCUCUUCCUCACUCAGACGGGAGCUGGAAUUCUGGGAAACUCCUCCCUCCUUUGUCUUUACAACCUCACUUUGUUGACCGGAUCCAAGACGAGACCCACAGAUCAGAUAGCCAACCAACUUGCCUAAGCCAGCGUCUUGGUUCUCUUCUCCAGAGGGAUCCCACAGACAACGGCAGCUUUUGGAAUGAAAUAUUUCCCAGAUGAGGCUGGAUGUAAACUUGUCUUCUGUGGCCAGAGGGUUGUGCUGUUUUUGGUUGAUGUUGUAUGUUUGGGCUGUGUGAUAUGGACUCAUGGGUACAUGCUCUUUGUCCUGCACAGGCACAAGCAAAAAGUCCAACACAUUCAAGGAAGACUUUCCCCCAGACCUUCCCACGAGGCCAGAGCUACAUGCACCACCCUGAUCCUGGUGAGCCGCUUUGUCUACUGUUAUUGUACCUCUUCCAUUUUGACUCUUUGCGUUAGUCUUAUUGUGAAUCCAAACCAGUGGCUGAGGGUUAUCUCUGUGCUACUAGCAUCAUGUUUCUCUGCUUUCAGCCCCUUUGUGCUCCUCGGCAGUGACUCCCGUGGUGACGGGCGAAGGCGGGACUUCCGGCGUUUUCGAGGCGGUCACUUUGGCGGUUUGCUGGGACUGAAGGCCGUUACCGCAGGCUGGGGAUGGAAGUAA